AUGGCGGAACUUUCGCCAAAUUGGGGGCAAUGCCAUAGUCUAACAAGCCUACGGAUCUCCAAUAAUAACAUUUCUGGAAAGAUACCACCUGAGCUGAAGCAUGCAACUCAAUUGCACGAACUCGAUGUCUCUUCAAAUCAUCUCAUUGGUGAGAUUCCCAAGGAAUUGAGAGCAUUGACAUUGAUGUACAAACUUUUGCUAAGUGGUAACCAACUUUCAGGCAAAAUUUCACCAGAGAUUGGAGUUCUUUCAAAUCUAGAAUAUCUUAACUUGGCAUCAAACAAUUUGAGUGGACCGAUUCCUAAUCAACUUGGAGAGUGCUCAAAGUUAUUGGACCUGAAUUUGAGCAAGAAUAAACUUGGAGAAAGCAUUCCAUUUUCAGUAAGCUACAUAAAUGGCCUUCAAAAUCUAGAUUUAAGUUGGAAUUUACUUAUUGGGGAGAUACCACAGGAACUUGCAAAAUUACAUUCCUUGGAAAUAUUGGACCUUUCUCACAAUAUGCUCAAUGGUUGCAUCCCAAAUUCUUUUAAUGAUUUGAAAAGCUUGACUGUUGUGAAUAUAUCUUACAAUCAAUUAGAAGGCCCUAUUCCUAACAUUAAGGCAUUUCAUGAGGCUUCAUUUGAUGCCUUAAGAAACAAUAAGGGACUAUGUGGUAAUGCCACUGGACUAAUGCCUUGUGCUGUCGGUGCUACUAGCAACGGUCAUAGAAAAAGCAGCAAAAUCAUCAUUUUCAUUGUACUUCACUCUUUGGUCUUCUUCUUUUGCUCUUUGUCAUGGCUGAAGUUUCCUUAUUCUUUGCCAAAGAACCAAAUCAGAAAAUCCGAGUCAAUCGAGGCACAACUUGGAGAUUUUUUCACAUUCUGCGCUACCCAUUGGGAGGUGGUUGCUGUGAAGAAACUUCACCAAUCUGAAGAUAGCAUGAUUUCCAACAACUUGAAAGCCUUUGAAAGCGAGAUUCAUGCUUUAUCAGAAAUAAGGCAUCGUAACAUUAAAAGGGGAAGUUUGAGAAUGGUGUUAAGCAACAAGGACGAGGCAAUGGAGUUGGAUUGGGAGAAGAGGCUAAAUGUUGUAAAAGGAGUGGCCAAUGCCUUGUCUUAUAUGCAUCAUGACCAUUCACCACCUAUAAUUCAUCGAGACAAUUCCAGCAACAAUGUUCUUCUGGAUUUGGACUAUGAGGCUCAUGUCUCAGAUUUCGGCACAACUAGGCUUUUAAAGCCUGACUCUUCUAAUUGGACCUCACUUGGCGUACUUUUGGGUACAUAG